CCUUCUCUCGCCAAUGAGAAGAAGCUCGGCGGCGAGACAGUUCUUGAACAGCAUGGCAGCGCCCAAGUACGGACUCAACCCUCACCUGGCCAAGGCAUGCCCCGAGCCGCCAGUGCCGCUGGCCAAGGCGUGGGCCGCGUCGUACCCGGGUUCGUCGUCGCCGUUUGCCUCGUCGUCGUCGUCGUCGUCUGCCUCGCCGCCCUCGCAGCCGCUCCUCAAUCUGGCCCAGGGCGUGCCGGGCCAUGCUCCGCACGCAUCGCUGAUCGAGCGCAUGUCGCAAGAGGCAAAGCGGGCGCCCAUGGAGACGCACGGCUAUGGCCACGUCUUUGGCGAUGCCUCGCUGCGCCAGGCCCUCUCGCAUGAUCUCUCGACCGUCUACGGGGCCGAGGUGAGCGUGGACAAGGUCGCAUGCACGGCCGGCUGCAACAUGGCCGCCGCCGUCGUCUUCCACGCCCUUGCCCAGCCGGGCGAGGCCAUCGUCCUGCCCACGCCCUGGUAUUUCAACCACCAAAUGACGCUGGCCUCGCUCGCCGUCGAGGCCGUGCCGCUGCCGACGCAGUCGCCCGCCUUUCUGCCCUCGGCCCAGGCCUUUGAGGACCUGGUGCGCCGGCACAAUUAUGGGCCCGCGUCCAGCAGCCUGCCGCGCAUCAAGGCCGUCGUGCUCGUCACGCCUAACAACCCGACGGGGAGCAUCUACCCGCACCAGCUGCUCGACGACUUCUACGCCAUCUGUGCGCGCGAGGGCGUGGCCCUGAUUGUGGAUGAGACGUGAGUGGUCGAUGUAAGGAUCUCAACCCACAUUCUCACCCUCUAUUCACCGCCCCUUUCAUUUCACACCACAGCUACCGAGACUUUCUCCUUGCCGACGAAGCGACGAACAACACAGCUCCAGACGGGCUCCUGCCCCUGGCCCGGCCGCACCAGCUCUUCAGCAGGCCAGACUGGGCCGACAUCGUCAUCUCGCUCCACUCCUUUUCCAAGUCCUAUGCGAUCCCCGGCCACCGUCUCGGCGCCAUUGUGGCCCACCCGUCGCUCCUCAUCUCACAGGCCACCGACGCCACGACGGGCGAGUCGUCGAGCACGUUUGGCAGCCUCGCAAAGAGCCUCGACAACGUGCAGAUCUGCCCGCCCCGCAGCGACACGCAGCGCGCCGUCGCAUGGGCCAUGGGGGACCCCGACCAGCGGCAGUGGCGGCUGCAGGUGGCCAACGACCUG